GUAAAAGAUGCAAAAGCAAGGAUACGCCCAUCUUCCGAGUCCGCCUCCGCCAUGGCUACCAGAGAACAGACAAAGAGAAUACCACUCUUUCCGUUGGUCUCUCUCCUCUGCUUCGCUUCCAUAUUCUUCGUUCUCUCUCUUUCCAGAAGACCCUCGCUCUCCCGCCAAACUUCCCAUUUCAAACCCAACUUCGUAUCCGACACGACCUCACCAUCCGGAUCCUGCGACUACACUCAAGGGUCCUGGAUCUACGACCCCAAUUUGAGGUCUGAGAGGUACGAUAGCACCUGCAAGGAGAUAUUUAAAGGAUGGAAUUGUAUUGCCAAUAAUAAAUCCAAUGCCAGAGAAAUCCUCAAGUGGCGGUGGCAGCCUAAGGGCUGCGAUCUUCCGCCGUUCGAUCCCGUCCGCUUCUUGGAAUCUAAUAGAGAUACCAACAUUGGAUUUGUUGGAGAUUCCUUGAACAGGAAUAUGUUUGUCUCUCUUUUUUGCACACUGAAACGGGUUUCAAGUGAAGUGAAAAAGUGGCGUCCUGCUGGGGCUGAUCGUGGGUUUACGUUUCUUCGGUACAACCUGACAAUUGCAUACCAUAGAACAAAUCUUUUAGCGCGUUAUGGUAGUUGGUCAGCUAAUGUUAAUGGUGGUGAAUUGGAAUCCCUUGGAUAUAAGGAGGGUUAUAGAGUUGAUAUGGACAUUCCAGAAGGCACAUGGGCAAAUGCUCCCAGCUUUCAUGAUAUUCUAAUCUUCAACACAGGACAUUGGUGGUGGGCUCCUUCAAAAUUUGAUCCUGUAAAGUCACCCAUGCUGUUCUUUGAGAGAGGCCAGCCUGUGAUCCCGCCAAUACCUCCUGAUGUUGGCCUGGACAAAGUUUUGAAAAACAUGAUACUGUUUGUUGAGAAGAACAUGCGCCCAGGUGGGCUUAAGUUCUUUCGUACACAAUCACCAAGACAUUUUGAAGGAGGUGAUUGGGACCAGGGUGGUUCCUGUCCACGGCUACAUCCCUUAUUGCCUGAGCAAGUUGAAGAACUCUUCUCCAUAAAGAACAAUGGAACAAAUGUGGAAUCUCGCCUGGUGAAUCAGCACCUAGUCAAGGCUCUUGAGGGGUCUAACUUCCAUAUAGUGGAUAUAACCCAUAUGAGUGAGUUCAGGGCAGAUGCCCAUCCAUCCACGGCUGGUGGGAAGCGACAUGAUGACUGCAUGCACUGGUGCUUACCAGGAAUAACAGACACUUGGAAUGAUUUGUUCAUAAUGCAUCUAAACGGUAUUAAGGUUAGAACCUGAUGUAUUAGUAACCUUUUCCCUUUUCUUCCACAAAUUGAGUUCUUCUGGUCUUUACAUUGCUA